GCGCACGCGCCUGGCAUCUCCAGCGCAUCCGGGCUGGAGCUCGCCGGCCCCCUCCCCCGCCCGCAGCUUCCGAAGCACCCUCGGUGCGUUGCACCGCCGGAGGCUGGGCAGCUCGCUGUGCUGCUCGGCGCUGGACCCCGCCCGGUGGGCACGCACGCACACGGCCCUGCACUGCUGCCUUCCUCAGCAUUGCACGGCUGACCCUCGCCUCCUCCCUGCCCUGCAGCCGGCUACCCGGGCUUGCUCAGGACUGGCGACGUGCGGUGCAUUGCUCCUUUGAGCGUUGCUGCUCGGGGCGCUGCAGCCCGCAGCCGCCUGCCUCCCCCGUCCAGCCCCUCCCCAGCCAGUCGGUCCUCGCCCACCGCCCGGCGCAGCAGCAGAGCCGGGCUGGGCUGCGGUGCGGCCACCUAGCGCGCUCCCGCAGCGGGCCCUCUGGCCUUCCUUCCCUUAGGGCAGCCCGCGCCUCGGAGGAAGGGAGCUGUCCUUAACUGAGACCAGAGGGGCCCGGCGGUGAGAUGAGCUUCUUCGGCUUCGGGCAGAGCGUGGAGGUGGAAAUCCUGCUGAACGAUGCGGAGAGUAGGAAGCGAGCGGAGCACAAGACUGAGGACGGGAAGAAGGAAAAAUAUUUCCUCUUUUAUGACGGGGAGACAGUCUCCGGGAAGGUGAGCCUUUCCCUCAAGAAUCCAAACAAGCGGCUAGAGCACCAGGGCAUCAAGAUCGAGUUCAUCGGGCAGAUCGAACUCUACUAUGAUCGGGGGAACCACCAUGAGUUUGUAUCCCUGGUGAAGGACUUGGCUCGGCCUGGUGAGAUCACCCAGUCACAGGCCUUCGACUUUGAGUUCACCCAUGUGGAGAAGCCUUAUGAAUCCUACACCGGGCAGAAUGUGAAGCUACGGUAUUUCCUUCGAGCCACCAUCAGCCGCCGCCUCAAUGAUGUUGUCAAAGAGAUGGACAUUGUAGUUCAUACACUCAGCACAUACCCGGAGCUGAACUCUUCCAUCAAGAUGGAAGUGGGGAUUGAGGAUUGCCUGCACAUUGAGUUUGAGUAUAAUAAAUCCAAAUACCACUUGAAAGAUGUCAUUGUAGGGAAGAUAUACUUCCUGCUGGUGAGAAUCAAAAUCAAGCACAUGGAGAUAGACAUCAUCAAACGGGAAACAACAGGCACAGGCCCCAACGUGUACCAUGAGAAUGAUACAAUAGCCAAGUACGAGAUCAUGGAUGGGGCACCAGUACGAGGAGAGUCCAUCCCCAUCCGGCUCUUCCUGGCAGGGUAUGAGCUCACGCCCACCAUGCGGGACAUCAACAAGAAGUUCUCUGUGCGCUAUUACCUCAACCUGGUGCUGAUAGAUGAGGAGGAACGGCGAUACUUCAAGCAGCAGGAAGUGGUGCUGUGGCGGAAGGGAGACAUCGUGCGGAAGAGUGCAUCCCACCAAGCAGCCGUGGCCUCCCAACGUUUCGAGGGCACAGCCUCCCUGGGUGAGGUGCGGACCCCCAACCCACUGUCAGACAACAAUGGCAGGCAGUAGGCCCCGGCCAAGAAGCUGGCUGGGCUGUGGCUCAGCAUCUCCAUCUACCAAACACCAGCGGCCGGGGGAGGGGGAGGAUGGCGUUGGCUCAGCUGACCGUUACUUGCAAUCUUGAAAACAAAUCAUGUUUUUUGACUUCAAUUCUUUUCUCUGAAGAACAUAAAGGGCAUUGGGUUGGGAAGCAGUCUCCCUGAGAUUCUGCAGCUGAUGGGGGGGCUAGAGAGAGGGAGCAUCUAGGAAGCUAGUCUCUCCUUGGGAAAUGAGAGCCAGCUUCCCCUUGGGUUGCUUGGUGUCUCGAGGAGAGCUGCCGAGCAUGCAUCCUUGGCUACUGGUUCUCUGGGCUUCCUGAUACAGGAUCUGUGUGUGUCCCUGGGAUGCAGAGCUGCCUGCAGAGUCAUGGCUUACACUCCCCUUGACCGACCGUCCUUGAGGUGGCAGCAGGAGGAGUUAGGCCUCUCUCAUCCCAAGUAGGGAAAAACACUCAAGAUCAGGAAGCUUUCUCUCUUGGAGUCUCGGGCGAGGUGCUUUGAAGUUUCCACAAGCCACCUCUUUGGCCUACCACUUCUGGGACCCAGGUACCUCUCCAUCUUUUCAGGCUUGUCAGGAGCAUCCUGGAGCAGAAACAAGUGAAAGGGCCUGGAGCUGACUGUCCCCUUACCCAUAAGAAAUGUCUGGGCACCGAGAAGCCUGGGGUCCAGUACACAAUAGCCAGGGGACUGAGGAAGAAGGACAAGGCACGGCAACUUGUCUUCCUGACCAUGUGACUCCACUUCGAAGCCCUGAGGGCUGGGUUGUGCUAGGGUAUUGUUGUGUUCCCCAAACCCUAAGCAUGAUGGUUGUCUCCUUGAAGCAGACGUCCUGGCAGGGACCAGGAUCAUUUUGCCUCCCGGAGUGGACUCUUAUCACUCCCGACCCCCCACCUAAUGUCUGGGAAUUAGGGCUUAGUUUCAAACACUUGGAAAUUCUGUUCUUAUCCCCACAUCCCUAGCACCUUCUUCCCUCUACUUGUAAGGGAGGGAGAUUAUGGUCCCCACAAAGGACUCUUCUACCACCUCAGAAUAAUUCUGCUUGCCAAAUUAUAUCUUCAUCUUCACAAGUUCACUGACCCAAGGUUAGGACCGUUGGUUUUUUGCUUUUUUUUUUUUUUUAGAAAAACACAAAUAGGAAAAUUCUCCUAGAUAUUGUUACCCUAGGGGAGAGGCAGUUCCCUCUCUGUUGCUCUGUAUUCAGGCCUACAGUAGUAAAGAUGUUUACUGCCUGCCCUGUCUCAUCUGGGAAUGGCCAGAACUAUUCUCCUAUUGGCCUCUCUUCCCUCUAUACAAAACCAAACAGACCCCACUGGCCAAUGGGUACCAUAGUUAGUGAUCUGCAUUACUGGCAAUUUGGAAAGUAGAACUUUGGUUGCUGUGUUGUCUCAGUUCGUGUGGAAAAUGGGGACCCCUCUUUUCCUCAGAAAACUGCAGUCUUGGGCCUUGACUGGACAAGAAAUCAUGGAACAGAACUGAAGGGAAAGGCCCUGGGGUACACAUAAAGUUAACUGGGUGCAGCAGAGCCAAGGAAGGCUUCCCCCAUGCCAGACCCCAAGUUCAGGUGCGAUACACAAUCCCUGUGGAACAAGAUCAUCCAUCCAGCUGCCGUUGGAUUAUCAAGGCUGGAGCUAAGUGUAUGAGGGAGGCGGGUUCAGUGGUAUUGCCUUUUUCAGAGCAUGAGAUUAGGCUCUGGUGUGCCUCCUUUUAAUAGAGCUAGUAUUCUAAUUAAAAAGCAUUUGUCAAUUCCUCUGCCUCCCAACUGACAACACAAAUUCAUUCACCCAUUUUCCUAACAUCCUAAACCUUCCUUCCGGGAGAACUAGAAGAGACAGAAUUUGCUUCCUCUUGCACUGUGUACAGCCAGGUCUAGUUUUCUGACUCUGCCCCUGUUCUCAUCUCUUCUCUACUGUGAAAGUGAGGGGAAGCUCCUGUCCCCCCUCCUUUAAGGUUCCCAGACCUGGAGUGCACAGGUACUAAACCAAGCAGUGCAACUUGUAAUUACGCAGCUGCAGUGUUUACAUGUUUCUUAAUGUGUUGUCUUUUCAAUGGCUGUAUUUUAAAAAGAAUACUUGUUUUAAUGGUCUCUCUAAUUAAAGGAAGCCCCUGUGGCUUUAGAGGCAUUGUGCUCACGGUCCACCAGA